AUGCCCCCCUCCCCCCAUAUCCAAUGGAAACCUGAUGCAAUUCUCUUGUCUAGCACUUCUUGGUCUGCUCAAAGGCUUUUGACCCCAGCAUCUGGUCUAUCUUCGGAAGAACAUAUCAACAACACUGCCCGACCAGAAUCGCGGUUCAACAGCCAGGGCCCGAACUCGACCUUUGUUACCGAAGCGACCGAUAUAGGGAUACCUGGUAUCGAUCAAGGAGAUCUGGAAAUAGAACCAAGGUCAACUAUUUACGAAACAGACCCUAUUAUUCCAUCGGCCUUCGAGAACAUAAGUUUUAGUUCCUCUACAGACUUGUGGAACACCUUCGAGCCACAGGAUAUGAGUCCGGCUGAACUUGAGCGACACAUGGAAGAGACAGACCGUGAGGUCCAAAGAAGGGCGGCACCACCGUCAGCCCUGGACCAAAGCCUAGACCAGGAAGGCUUCCCUGUCAGACUUACUUUUGAGAAUGAACAUACAUCCCGAGAGAAUGUUCUUUUCAACGAAGACUAUGAGGUCAACUUCGUUUCCCAAGGGUACCUCAAUAAACUCCGAAUGACUUCUGGGAAAACGCCUUGCUUGGUUCCCGCUCCGCCAAUUUAUCGAGAGGUCCUCACUCCUGACGGAGUAUUGGCUCCUGUUCAGUAUCUCCUCUAUGUCUACCUUGAAUGGGAAUCCCCUGAUAUUCCAUUCCCGCCCCGCCAGCUGUGCUUCGUUCGCUAUAGUGGAACUGGAGGUAUACAUGACGCGAAGCUGAUUCUGGGUCAAAGUUGGUUCAAAGAUACCGAGGAUCAAGCAUUCAGCCGGACCUAA